UCUCAUUCAGCCCGGGAGGCUGCGCGCUUGUUUAGCUGCCUGAGGCUGCCCCAACGCGUCCCUCGGAGCCAUUCGCCAGUCAUUCGAUCGAUUCGCGUCGACAGGGCAGCUCUGAGGCGGCUUGGGUGCGAUGUGCUGAAGAUGGGGUUACCGAGAGUGCUCCUCACACUGGCGGCUCUCGCGGCCGCGGACGACCGGCAGGUAGCAUGGAUCGCAGAGCAGCGCGACGGCACCGGCAGAAAGGGCUGGCGGGCCGCUCUGGGCUCCGUCGACGUGAGCUGUCAGUUCGCCGCGCGCAUCGGAACAAAAGCGCUGGUCUUCGAGACGGCCGACGGUCGCUUCGCCUUCACGGCGGCCGAGGCCUCGGGGGCGGCGUUCGCGAAGACGCCGCGCCUCUGUCGUUUUGCGGGAGGCGCGGCGCCCGCCGACACACCGGCGCUCGUGCUCGCCGCCGUAAGCGUCAAGCGCGUCUUCGCGUCGUGGCCGAAAUUUCUGAACGCGCUGGUCUACGCGGCUGCGCGACGGCUCCCUGUCUAUUUGUGGGUCGGCGAGGCGCCCGCCCCCCACCUCGGGGACGUCUGCAAGGAUUCGAAGCACGACGACGACCCGCACGUCAAAAUCGCGGCGACCGCCGUGCUGCUGGGCCACCCGCGGGUCCCGGCCGCGUUUGCGCGCGAUCUUGACCUGGUUGUGGAGGGGCGCGCGGUCCGCGACCCCAUGGCCGCGACGCACGACGCUAUAUCAAUACACGAUGAGAAUAGAGUGGACGUCGCGGUGCCUUGCACCGCACAUGGAGGGCGCCAUCGCUUAAGAGCCACAAAGCUCUACGUGCGUGAUGUGCCGGCCGCACGGAACUUCCUGGACCUCUGGCUCGACCACCGGUGCGGCGCGGAAAGGUGGUACCAUCCUCUGAGGGACGCCGCGUACCGCGCCGGCGUCGCCGGCGGCUGCUUGAAAUCAGAGGGAGCACGAUUGAUCGCGAACCGCACGCGCACGGAGAAGCAGCCCGCGCUCAACUACCUCUUCCGGCGCUGCCCGACCUUCCGCUUCGGCUGCGGCCAGCACUUUGUGAUGCCCGAGUUCCACGUAUUGAAGUCUCAUGACCUGGCGGGUGGAUCGGACCUCGAGCGCCUCGGGCUCGCGGGCCUCGACCACGAC